UUUCAGAUAUUGAAUUGAAACCGAGUUUGAAAGUGCGCGUGCGUGUGGGAUAUUCACUGGCGCAAAUAACUUAAUUAUGUAUUUUUGAAACCAAUCGAUACAACUAACCUGUUUUGAUAGUGCUAGUAAUUUAAGAUACAUGGUUCCUCAAAAUGGCAAACGUUUUGGAAGCCUUAAUUUAUGCAUCCGAACGAGCCGCCUCUAUUGCAAGAUAUUGUGCAGCUAGCUUAAGUGACGAAAACCUCGUUGUUACUGAGAAAUCUGGGGACGAAGCUAACAGCCGUUUUGAGCAUGAUUUCAAGACUAUUGCUGAUGUUUUAGCUCAGGAAGCUGCUAAAGUAGAGAUAGGGCACCACUGCCAAAACCUUGCAAGUAGUGUUUGGGGUGAAGAAUGUGGAGAAAUCAACGGUCACCCUAUUAAACUCGGAGACAAUGUUGAUAAAACAGCUCUUCUAUUAAGCCAAAUAGUGCCAAAGGAGCAAGCACUUAAACUUGCAGAAGGUUGCCAUUGUGAAUUAAAUCCAAAUUUAUUUGGUGAAUUACCAUAUGAUCUCCCUGCUAUAGAUGAUGCUACAUUAGGAGUUUGGAUAGAUCCCAUAGAUGCCACAGCGGAAUUCAUAGCCGGAGUGAAGAACAAACACACAGCAGACAGUGAGUCAGGGCUCUCUUGUGUCACAGUUCUAAUAGGUGCAUUCGUGAAGUCCACGGGGGAACCUGUGAUGGGGGUUGUCAACCAACCAUUCUAUGAUAAUGGUAAUGGACGUAUAUUAUGGGGUGCAAGCUACAGUGACUAUGGCAGGUUGGGAGGAUGUGAAACACCAAGCUCUCACAAUGACAACACUGUGCUUGUUAGUGGUGCUGAAUCACCGGAGCUGGUGGAGAGAUUCCGGUCCAGCGGGUGGGAGGUUAAACCAGCAAAGGGAUGUGGUCAUAAACUUCUAAAAGUUGCCUUGGGUGAAGCUGCUGCAUAUGUUGUGACAAAAGGAACAACUUUCUAUUGGGAUACCUGUGCCCCACAUGCUGUCAUUAAAGCAAGAGGUGGGGACAUACUCUCCUGUGCGACUCUAACACCUGUUACUUAUAUGACUAACACAGAAAAUGAGAAGGCCCACUGCAACUCUGAUGGUAUAAUUGCUUACAGUCAACAAAAAGUUAUGUAUGGCAUCAAAACAGUAUUUAACAAAACUUAGGGUGACAAACUAAACAUAAAAAGAAUGCCUUAUGUGACAUUUGU